AGCGACAGUCACAUGACCAGAUCACCAUAUGAUCCGCAGAAGGGGCGGUCCCGGGAGCAGCUUCUCGCGAGAGCAGCGGAGGUAUCGGCGCAGCAAGAUGGCGGCGCCGGAGACGGAGGCCGUGCUUCCUGGUUCCGGCCCGGAGCAGCAGGUAACGAGUAAUGGAACCGCAGGGGUGGCCCCGACUGCAGAGACCCAGCAGCAGAACCAGGCCCAGCAACAAGCUCCCAAUGCCUGGCAGGUCAUCAAAGGAGUGUUGUUCAGGAUCUUUAUCAUCUGGGCCAUCAGCAGUUGGUUCCGUCGUGGGCCGGCACCACAGGAUCAGAUUAGCGCUGGCGGAGCACCCCGCGUUCCGAGCCGUAACCUUUUCCCUAAAGACACUUUAAUGGACCUUCACGUGUAUAUCUCAGAGCAUGAGCACUUUACAGAUUUUAAUGUCACCUCAGCACUGUUUUGGGAGCAACGGGAUCUUGUCUAUGGUGACUGGACCAGUGGUGAGAAUGCAGAUGGGUGCUAUGAACGCUAUGCAGAGUUAGUCAUUCCUCAGAGUGUGCAGCACAAUGGCUCUAUGUACGUCCAUGUGUAUUUUACGAAGAGUGGCUUCCAUCCCGAUCCCAAACAGAAGAACUUGUACAGAAGACUUGCUACGGUUCACACAUCACGAAUGAUAAAUAAAUAUAAACGUCGACGGUUCCAGAAAACUAAGAAUCUUCUGACGGGGGAGACGGAAGCAGAUCCAGAAAUGAUAAAGAGAGCAGAAGACUUCGGCCCUGUAGAGGUGAUCUCGCACUGGCACCCUAAUCUCACCAUCAACAUAGUGGACGAUCAUACUCCUUGGGUGAAGGGUAGUGUGCCACCGCCUCUGGACCAAUAUGUGAAGUUUGAUGCAGUCAGUGGUGACUACUACCCCAUCCUCUACUUCAACGAUUACUGGAACCUGCAGAAGGAUUACUUCCCCAUCAACGAGACAGUGGAGCGGCUGCCUUUCCGCCUCUCCUUCUGCCCACUCUCGCUGUGGCGCUGGCAGCUCUAUGCCGCGCAGAGCACCAAGUCCCCAUGGAACUUCCUGGGCGAGGACUUUUACGAGCAAUCUGAUGAGGAGCAGGAUUCUGUAAAGGUUGCUCUUUUGGAGACCAAUCCAUAUCUGCUGGCUUUGACCAUUGUCGUUUCCAUAGUUCACAGCAUAUUUGAGUUUCUUGCCUUCAAAAAUGAUAUCCAGUUCUGGAACAGCAGGCAGUCUCUGGAGGGGCUCUCCGUCCGCUCUGUGUUCUUCGGGGUAUUUCAGUCACUUGUGGUCCUUCUCUACAUCCUGGACAAUGAAACUAAUUUUGUGGUUCAAGUCAGCGUCUUCAUCGGGCUCCUCAUAGACCUCUGGAAAAUCACAAAAGUCAUGGAUGUCAGGCUGGAUCGAGACAACAAAGUCGCUGGGAUUUUUCCACGUUUAACCUUCAAAGACAAAUCAACAUAUAUAGAAUCGUCUACCAAAGUCUAUGAUGAUAUGGCAUUCCGGUAUCUCUCGUGGAUUCUCUUCCCCUUGCUCGGCUGCUAUGCUGUGUACAGCUUGCUGUACAUGGAGCACAAAGGCUGGUACUCGUGGGUCCUGAGCAUGCUCUAUGGCUUCCUUCUGACAUUUGGUUUUAUUACGAUGACUCCGCAGCUGUUCAUAAACUACAAACUGAAGUCAGUAGCCCAUCUGCCCUGGAGGAUGCUCACCUACAAAGCACUCAACACCUUCAUCGAUGACCUCUUUGCCUUUGUGAUCAAAAUGCCCAUGAUGUACAGGAUAGGCUGCCUCCGAGACGAUGUUGUCUUCUUCAUUUACCUCUAUCAGCGCUGGAUCUACCGGGUGGAUCUGACGCGUGUCAACGAGUUUGGAAUAAGUGGGGAGGGCCAAGUCCCUCAGCUAACACAAGGUACCGCUUCAGUGGACUGUGCCCCUGCACUGCUACCUGAUGGGGAGGCAACGAGCACCCAGGGGGUGAUAAAGGAGGGCCUGGCUGAUGGCUCCCCUGCACCAGUAAUGGAGGACGUGGCCGAUGGCUCCCCUAGGGCCCAGACGGAGAAAACAGCAGAGGACAAGAAAAAGGACUAACCUGCUCUCACUUUAAUUUUUAAAAAAAAGCCUAACUUUCCACUCUCCCCCUUGGAUACUGGACAGAAAGCAAAGGGGGUAAGCUGCUAUGGUCCUCUGGCUCCAAAGCUUUUUAUUUUCUAUUCCAGUAACUUUGGGGUGGGUAGGAAUUGAGAAUUUGGUGACAUUCAUGUGAUGUGCUGUAUCCAUGGGAGAGAACCCCCGUAUCUCUGUAUUUAAAGUCAAACUCAUCCAGUAAUCAUUGUGAGCUCCGUUCCAUUGUGCAGGUGUUUAGGACAUUAAGGAGUUUCUCAGAGUUGUGUCUCUGUUUCAUAAAGAGAGCUGAUUAUCCGAACACGUCCCAUUUCUCAUCAUUGCACUCUACUAUGGACUCUGGAUUGAAUAAAUUCAUAUGGGUGUUAAGUUAAA